CCCCACACCGACGAAGCUUCUGUCAAUUUGAUAGGAGGACCUGGACAAAUGCGCCCGAGGGGAAGCAUGUCCAAUUUAGAGAGAGAGAUUCGUGUCAACUGUCAACCGCAUUUUACCUAUCCUAUGCUAAAGGCAUAAUAAGAUACCAGAUACUGAUGAAUGAAUCUCCCAUUAUUUUUAUUUAUGGAAUAGUACAGUUUUAAGCUUCCUACUGUGAUUGUACUGUGAAGAAUACUAUAUUCAUUGUUUACUGUAUUCAUUUUAAUUAAAAAAUCAACAAUAGGCAAAGAGGAAUUUAAUUGUUGAUGAUUGUUGAUGAAUUGAACACAAAUCUCACUUGAAAAUGGCUACUGGUGAAUAUGAAAGGAUCAUUAAAGAGGAGGUUGAAUCUGCUGAUGAUGAAAACGUUACCAACAACUCUGAAGAAAGAUUUGAUGCACACGAAAUUAUCCCAAAGAAGGAAUUUGAACUAAAACAUAUUAAAGUUGAGGAUGUCAUUGAUAUUGUUCAUCAUGAUCUGAAAUCUGAAAAGUGUCUAGGUCCCCAAGAAGUGAAGGAAUGCUUACAUUGUGGACUGUGUAGAGGAGAUUUGAUUAGUCCGACUGACUUCUUCAGCCCUGAUAGUUGUAACUGUCAAUGCAAGAGUGAGUCCAAUGUAGUGAAAGAUGAAGAUAUAGCUCUGGAUUUGAAACCACUUAGAUUUGGCCCAGAUUCUGGAAACUUUCUUUUUGAUGACCAGGAAGAAACAAUUGUUGCUAAGGAAGAGGAGGUUUUCAAUGAGAAUAUGCCAGUAAACUCACAUGGAAAAUAG